AUGGCAUCCUCAAUGCCCGGGUUGGCCUCAUAUGUUGCAGGUCCAGGCUUCCCAACCGCGGCAUUUGGAUCAUACUAUGAAGCUCCCGCACUGCCGACUCGGGAGCCCCAGCCGAUCAUUUACGAUCCAGUCUUGGAUGUUACAUUUCCUUAUGAGCUGACGAAUCCAGACAACAUCCCUAAAAGCUCGGACGAAGUGCCUUUUCCGUUGCCGCAGGAAAAAUUGGAAGCUCGUGAACAGCAAUUGCUGGUUGACGGAGUCAUCGCGAACGUCGCGGGCAUUAUUAAUUCUCGAGAGAUUGGGUCACCCUGCUUGAAAUGCAAAAGAGCACUGAUCGUAGCAAAGCCGGCCGCUCAGUAUGCUCCACUUCUCGUACCCGAUGCUCUGAUCAAUAUCUGCAAAGCCUUUGGCUAUCAAUCCGAGACUGCCUGUGAAGAUAAUUUCUCGCCGCAGGCCUUUGGUGCAAUCUGGACACAGGUGCUAGCUUACGCAAAUGUCGAUGGUCUCGAUGGGCAAUACAUCUGCCAUUAUCUCAGCAGCGACUUCUGUGAGCAACCAGAGACUCAGCCCCUGGAUGUGUCCAGUCUGUUUCCCAAGCCAAAGCCAGCGAACGCUCAAGUUCCGAAGGCCAGUGGAGAGCGUGUCAAAGUGCUGCAUAUGUCUGACUUUCAUCUCGAUGCGCGAUAUGCUGUCAGUGCGGAAGCCAAUUGCACGAGUGGGCUGUGCUGUCGUGCAGACAACCAUCAUGGAGACCACGAGAACUAUGCUUCCUUUCCGGCUUCGGCGUACGGGGCCUUCAAAUGUGACACUCCCUAUGAUUUGGCCCUGGCUGCUCUUCAGGCUGUGGGGCCAUUGACCGGCACUGGUCAAGGUGACGAGGAAGAGUCCUUGGCGUGGACGCUUUAUACCGGCGAUUUGAUCUCACAUGACCCGAAGUCUCAAAUGUCGCGCGAGUACGUCGAGUACACCGAGACAAGUAUCUUCCACAUGUUCAAGACGUAUCUGUCCGGACCUGUCUUUGCGGCUCUAGGUAAUCAUGACUCCAGUCCGGAGAACAUCGAUGCUCCGCAUAGUCUUCCUGGACGUUUGGGCCAACAGUCGUCGUGGAAUUACCAGCAUCUAGCCGGUCUGUGGCAACACGAGGGCUGGAUCAGUAAUAAGACGGCUGAAGAAGCGCGAACGCAUUACGGGGGAUAUUCGAUCAAGACCCAUUUUGGACUACGUGUCAUCUCUUUUAAUACAGACUUUUGGUAUCGGUCCAAUCUACUAAAUAUGAUCAAUACCACCAACCCGGAUAACUCUGGCAUAUUCUCCUGGGUGAUCGAGGAGCUUCAGGCAGCCGAGGACGUCGCGGAGCGAGUGUGGCUCGUAGGCCAUGUCCCUAGUGGCUGGGAUGGAUCCAAUCCAAUUCCAGACCCCACGAACCUCUUUUACCAGAUCGUAGACCGUUACUCUCCGCAUGUCAUUGCCAACAUUUUCUUCGGUCACAAUCAUGAGGACCAAUUCAUGGUCUACUAUGCCAAUAACGGCACUGUUCGAAACGAGUCCACCGCUCUUGCCACGGGCUGGAUCGGUCCAAGCGUUACACCGUUGACCAACUUGAAUAGUGGCUUUCGAUUGUACGAGGUUGACACUGGAGAUUUUAAUGUUUACGAGGCAUAUACCUUCUACAGCAAUGUCUCAGACUACUCGGCUCUGCGUGGGACUGGUCCCACCUAUCGCUUUGAAUACUCGACCCGCGAUACAUAUGGACCUGCUGCCGCUUGGAAGCCGGAUGCUCCUCUCAACGCUACCUUCUGGCACCGGGUGACCGAGGCCAUGGAGAAGGAGAUCAGUCUUGUCACACUUCAGAAUCAACUGCAAGGUCGUCUCAGUGUCGAAAGUCCUACCUGCGACUCUGCGGCUUGCCAGCAGGCGAAGGUGUGCUAUAUGCGAAGUGGAAGUGUUGCGCUGGGGCGUCAGUGUCCACAGGGGUGA